AUGCCUCCACUCGUCCUUCCUCAUGAUGGUGUGGCGCUAUGCCAUUCUACUGUUUCUGUUGCCACCUUUACGAUGUGGCAUGUUUUAGAUACAGCUGCCAUGCAGGAGCAGGGUGAGACAACGGUUUCUAUCCGAGGGAUCGGAACCACAAAUACGGAGGCCGUUCAGGUUACGGUUGAUCGCUCUUCACCGCUGUCUGACAUCAAGAAGGUCCUGGCCGACUUAUACGACAGGCCUGAGAUCGCUGCGGAUGGCCAAUUUCUGAAGCAGAUGCCGAAUGGUGCCACUGUCAAGAUGCACGAUGCGCAGAAGAUCGGCACCAGGAAGGAGCUGCUUUACGAGGGCCCGCCGCUGGCCGUCGUGUCCGAGGCAAUUCCUCUGACGAAUCUCGACGAGUUCGAUGGUUUCGAUGAGAAGGUCGAUGUCCUGUCGCCACGCUCGCUUCGUGCACUAGAUCUUCAGGGGGUUUCUCCAGAUGAGUUGUACUAUGCUCCUGCUGAGUGCUUUUGGGAGCCAGACCUAGACAGAAGGAUCAUGCAGCUGCAUCAUGACUUCGUUGAGGCCUGGCGCCAGGACACCCUCUCCAUGUGCCGCGCCCAGAGGCGCCGGAUCCUUGAGCAGGACGUUGCUGCCGACUCCGAGUCGCCCGGCUUGGAGAGCUGGACAAAAGGCACACCCGGCUCGGCUCUUGUGGGGACGUGGCAUGAGAGAAGCACUGUCGGAAAGACACCUUCAUCCCAUGAGCAGAAGACGAAGAUCACAUCGCAACUGGGGAGCGACUGCUACACGUCAAAAGGGGCAACUUUACGAACGAUUGUGGCCCGCAUCGAACAGGGAGGUAAGCAAGAUGAUGCUGUCGAUCGCUCGCAGCGGUCCUAUCAGGUCUUUGUCUCUGGCUGCCAUGCCACGCUUCUUGAACACCUCCGGUUGGCUCGCCUGAGGAGCAGAUCGCUGGAACGGGUGGACAUUGGCAAACUGGAUGCAUCGAUUGUCAGUCAGAAACAAGGAUGGACAUUGUGUGGAGACGGGGAUCUGGAAUUCAAGCUAGACUUUCUGUCCCAGCAGGAUCUUCAAUACUGGAUGCAACUGGAGAAGGUCUUGGAGCGCUCGCAUCCUGGUCUUCCACCGCAUGCCAGAGCGGAAAGUCAACCCUCUAAAGGUGCACCGAAAUCUCCUUUCUCGUCUGAGGUUUCCGGGAAGACUGCAAAGGAAGCAGUGGAAGAAGUUGAAAGGCAGCGCCGGAGAAGUUCGAAGCAAAGGCACCAGGCAUUGCAGUACGCACCUGCCUAA